AUGUUGCAUGACGCAAGGGACAGGCAGAAGUUCUUCAGUGAUGUUCAGUAUCUGCGGGACAUGCAGCAUAAGGUGGACUCUGAGUAUCAGGCUUGUCUGAGGCGACAGGAAUGUAGAAGAGACCCAAAUGAGAAGAAACGCGAUCAGUUUUGGGGGCAAGAGACAAGUUUUGAGAGAUCUCGGUUUUCUAGCAGGUCAUCUUCCAAACAGAGUUCUAGUGAGGAGGAUGCUCUAACUGAACCAAGAUCAUCUACCAAGAUAUCUGCAUUUAAGUGUGACCCCAAACUUCCAGCAAUUGACCAAACAUCAGUCAAGCAGAAACAUAAAAAUACCAUGACUGUAAGGAAAGCAGAGAAAGCGGACUCCAGUGAACCCUGUCCAGCAGACCAAGCACCAAUGGUUUUAUUAAGAAAGAAGAAGCCAAACCUGAGGAGAUUUACAGUCGGCCCAGAAUCGCACAGCCCGAGAGCAUCUGGGGACAGAAGCAGACAGAAACCAUGGUGGCUUGCAAAGGUGCCGAUUCCCAGGGAAGCGGAUCAAGUAGUUCAACAAGAAGUCCUGAUGUGUAACACUAAGCUGAAGAGGCCAAAUCGAGAGAGAAGAAACUUGGUCCCAUCAUCACAGCCAAUGACUGAGAACCCUCCUGAUAGAGCCAAAAAAGGAGACCCGAGUGCUCCUUCCCAGAGUGAGCUGCAUCCAGCCCUGUCCCAGGCCUUCCAAGGAACAAAUAGUCCUCAAGUAUUGAGUGAGUUCUCGGGGCCACCACUCACACCCACCACCGUAGGAGGGCCAAGAAGAGCAUCAUUUAGGUUCCGAGAUGAAGACUUCUAUUCCAUUUUGUCAUUGAACAGCAGAAGAGAAAGUGAUGACACUGAAGAGCAAACCCAGGUUGAAGAAUGUCUGUGGGUUGGUAUGCACUCACCCCGUUCUCCUUCCCAUCACAAAAGAAGUAGAUUUGGGGGGACAUCGACCCCUCAGGCCAAAAAUAAAAAUUUUGAAGAAAAUGCUGAAAAUUGCAGAGGUCAUUCUUCAAGAAGAAGUGAGCCCAGUCAUGGCUCAUUGAGAAUAAGCAAUGCAAUGCAGCCAGCGACAGAGCAGCCUUCUGCUGGGCAAAGGUUGUCCCAAGACCCCAGGCUGCCUGAUAGGGAAUCUGCUACAGAGAAGGACAGAGGUGGCAGUGAAAAUGCAAAAAAGAGCCCCCUUUCGUGGGACAGCAAAUCCCAGCCCAGACAAGAAGUUGGUGUCAAUGCUGAAAAUGCAUGGAGUGAUUGUAUUUCUAUGGAACAUAGGCCUGGCACCCAUGAUUCUGAAGGAUACUGGCAAGACUAUUUAACCAGUUCUCAAAAUUCUCUUGACUACUUUCUUUCUGGCAGACCAACAUCUCUAAGAUCAUCAGUGAAUUCAUCCUAUAACCCUCCUGCAUCAUUCAUGCAUUCUGCUCUGAGAGAUGAUAUUCCAGUAGACUUGUCAAUGUCAUCGACUUCAGUUCACAGCUCAGACUCAGAGGGAAACUCAAGGUUUCAUGUUUGCCAACCACUGUCUCCCAUUAGAAAUAGGAAUCCAUUUGCCAGUGCCGAAAACCAUGAUUAUUUCCCAGUAAACAGUGCACACGAAUUUGCUGUCAGGGAAGCAGAAGAUAUUACUUUAACAAGCCAGCCUCAGGGGGCUCCAUUAUAUACAGAUCUCUUACUAAAUCCACAGGGCAAUUUGUCCUUAGUGGAUUCUUCCAGCUCCUCUCCAUCAAGAAUGAACUCAGCAAUGAACUCAGAAGGCCAUUUGCAUGUGUCUGGGUCUCUGCAAGAAAAUAUACCAUUUACUUUCUUUGCAGUGUCUCAUUUCCCAAAUCAAAAUGAUAAUGGGAGCAGGAUGGCAGCCUCUGGUUUCACAGAUGAAAAGGAAACCAGUAAGAUAAAGGCAGACCCUGAGAAACUCAAGAAAUUGCAAGAAAGUCUCCUGGAGGAGGACUCCGAGGAGGAGGGAGACUUGUGUCGCAUCUGUCAGAUAGCUGGGGGUUCCCCAAGCAACCCCCUCCUGCAGCCUUGCGGCUGUGUGGGAAGCCUGCAGUUUGUUCAUCAAGAGUGCCUGAAAACGUGGCUGAAAGUGAAAAUAACAUCAGGAGCAGAUCUUGGUGCCGUGAAGACCUGUGAGAUGUGUAAGCAAGGCCUGCUGGUUGACCUGGGUGACUUUAACAUGAUUGAGUUCUACCAGAAGCACCAGCAAUCUCAGGCACAAAACGAGCUGAUGAAUUCAGGCUUGUACCUGGUGCUGCUGCUUCACCUUUAUGAGCAGAGAUUUGCAGAACUCAUGAGGCUCAACCACAACCAGGUGGAAAGAGAGAGGAUUCGGAGCUGGGAGAUGGAAAUGAAGGCAGCAUUUCUCAAAGCCGGGUCGUCUAGCAAGGAAACCAACUGUGGAGCUCGGAGACCUCUCCCGCCAGCCCUUCUUUCUACAUCCCCAGGUGCCUCCCUCCCUCCUCCUCAUUACUGA